ACAAUUAGAAUAUAUAAAUAAAAGGUGAGAUGCACAUUUCAAACGGUAACGUGUCUUUUUCCAUUAGGCGAGAGACAAUCAAAUCUGAGCAAACGAAUUGUCUUUAUAAUAUCGAAACAAACAUUUUGUGAAAGAGAGCGAUAGUAAGUUGAAACCAUGGCGUCGAAGAUUGUCUCAGCCAUAGUCUUUGUGUUCAACCUUAUUGCCUUUGGUCUAGCCGUGGCUGCUGAGCAAAGACGAAGCACUGCAAAGGUUGUGCAGGACACUGAGGUGCAAUACAACUAUUGUGUGUAUGAUUCGGACAGAGCCACAGGGUAUGGAGUUGGAGCGUUUUUGUUCUCAGUGGCUAGUCAACUUCUUAUCAUGCUCGUUAGCCGCUGCUUCUGUUGUGGAAAGCCUCUCAAGCCUGGUGGUUCACGUGCUCUUGCCCUUGUUCUCUUCAUUGUCAGCUGGAUAUUCUUCUUAAUAGCGGAGAUAUGUCUAUUAGCUGGAUCGGUAGAGAAUGCAUACCACACAAAGUACAGGACAAUGUUCAUGGACAAUCCCCCUGAUUGUCAAACUCUUCGCAAGGGUGUCUUCGCUGCGGGUGCCUCUUUUGUCUUCUUCAACGCCAUUGUCUCUCAGUUCUAUUAUUUUUUCUACUCCUCUGCUGCUGACGCCUCCCUCUCCCCUUACUAGAGGAUUUGGAGCAACAAUAUACGUUUGUUUCUUUCCUAUGUGCUAUGUGAUAUACUAAUGUCAUAUUUUGGGCUUGUUGCUUGUUAAAGUAUGACUGGAAACUUACUUUGAAGUUGUGGGUAUAUCUAUGAGUUUUGUAGAUUGAUUUGUAUGAAUAAUAAAAGUGAAAUGUUGUUUCUAA